CUCCUGUUCUGCAGAGUCACACACAGCUGCACUUGCUUCUCUUAAGGAAACGCCUGUGUGAACAAUUCUUCAUUCUUCAGUCAUGGCUAAGAAAGUGGCACUCGUGCUUGCUGGCUGCGGUGUGUACGAUGGGAGUGAGGUUCACGAAUCCUCUGCAGUGUUUGUGCACCUGAGCAGAGCGGGAGCACAGGUUGUAUUCUUUGCACCCAACAUAGAUCAGAUGCAUGUGGUUGACCAUGUGAAGGGACAGCCAACCGAAGAGAAGCGCAAUGUGCUUACUGAGAGCGCACGGAUUGCAAGAGGAAAUAUUAAAGAUCUCAAAGAUAUGGAAAUUAGUGAAUAUGAUGCCCUUAUUAUACCAGGUGGUUUUGGAGUCGCAAAAAACUUAUCAACCUGGGCAGUGAAAGGAAAAGACUGCACGGUUUUACAAGCUAUGGAAGUUAUUAUCAGGGGAUUCCAUGCUGCUAAAAAGCCGAUUGGUCUGUGCUGUAUAUCACCGGUCCUGGCGGCUAAAAUCCUACCUGGGUGUGAAUUAACUGUUGGCUGUGACACAGAAUGUGAAAAAUGGCCGCACGCAGGCACAGCAGACGCCAUUAAGCAGCUUGGCUGUAAACACGUCAACAAACAAGUCAGUGAAGUUCAUGUGGAUGAAAAAAACAAACUUGUCACCACCAGCGCUUUUAUGUGCAACAGCCCAAUUCAUGAGAUCUAUGACGGCAUUGGAGAAAUGGUUAAGGAUGUGCUGAAAUUAGCUUAAAUUAUUAAGGAAAAGUGAUUACUGUAAUUAAAUUAUAUUUAACUUUAGGUUAUUAACCACUUUGUAUUAAGAUAGGAAAGUGCCCUCUUUACAAACGAUACCAGAAUGCAUUGUCCCAUGUUUGGGACAUUUAUGUGAACCAAAAAUCUGAUUAAAUUAAGCAUCAAUACUUCAAAUGUAAUAGGUCAAUAGUAUUGUUUUGUUGUUGUUCUAUAAAAUAAAGUUUUAUUAUAAAACCUUUACUUUGUCUACAGCUGGUUGAUAUUGUAUGUGCAUCAUAGUUGAAAUUGUGCUACUGUCUAGUACUGGGCCUCAAAAGAUUUAAAGGGACAUAAAAAAAAAAGUAUGAACUAACAUAAGUUUUUUUUUAAAUACAUAAUGAGGCCAAAGCUUACCUGCAAAAAGGUUUAACCCCCAUUAACCCCUUUAAUUCAGGCAUAGUUUUGUUUGCAAGCAAGCUCCCCUCUGGCAUUUCCAUAUAUGGAAUGUGCUAUCCAGACCAUAGCUUCUGCAGAACUCGUGCACAUGCACAGUUGGGGGCAGAAUCACAUGACACCUGACUAAAGCAGUGCACAGUAUAAUGCUGAAGCAUUCACAAAGUAUGUGACAUUAUCCCCAUGAAAAUAAGCAAGCCUCCUGGCAACAAACAAUAGCAGUACCUGAUGUCCCUCCUCAACCCCCCUCAAUAGGAAAGUGCCCUCUUUACAAACGAUACCAGAAUGCAUUGUCCCAUCUUUUGAAAUAUGUCAGAACAUAAAUGUUAUAUACACAACUUUGUUAUAGGCAGAACUGGCAAUUUAAUUUAUGUGAACCACAAAUCUGAUUAAACUAAGCAUAGUGUUUUAUUUCUUUACAUGAGGAAAUUUAAAAUGCACUAUGAUUGUAUUAUGUUUAUAAAUUAAUAAAGUUUUAUUGUAAAACCUUUUA